AUGGCGAAAGGAGAGAGGUCACUGGGGAGGUACCUUUUGGGUUUCUUCCCUGUUGGUUCUAUAAAAAAAAUAAAUUUCAAUUUUUUUUUUUUUUUUGAAACCGAGGCGGCAGACCCGAUCGGCUGCUUGGCCGUUGCUGCUGAGCCUCUUCUGAACAACAGCGACAAGGACUACUGCGAGCGGGAGCGGCAAGAGUCUGAGGCGCAGCGGUGUCGCCUCCUUAGGAUGACCAGUGUGGUUAAGACAGUGUGCAGCGUGCAGCCCCCCUCUGUGCUGAGCGGCGGCCUGUCGGCAGAUACACAAACUCAAGCUACUACCAAGAGUCUGUUACCUAUUAAGUCCAAAGAAGUCGAUGUUUCCAGACAUCUUUAUUCAGGAGGUUCAGAUAAUGAUAUUACAAAAAUCACCAAACCAAAGCGAGAGAAUGGGCAGAUGAAGGCUGCAGAGACUGCCAUCAAGAGGAACAUGAAGAAGAGCUACAAACCAUUGAGUAAGCAAAAAUCAGAGGAAGAGCUCAAGGAUAAAAAUCAGCUAUUAGAGGCUGUCAACAAGCAGCUGCACCAGAAGUUGACUGAGACUCAGGGAGAGCUGAAGGACCUGACUCAGAAGGUGGAGCUGCUGGAGAAGUUUCAGGACAAUUGUUUAGCGAUUUUAGAGAGCAAGGGCCUCAACCCAGGCAGUGAGACCCCGGCAUCACAGCCGGAACCUACUCUGGAUCACACAGACUCUAUGUUGCUGUUAGAAACUUUGCAAGAUGAAUUGAAACUUUUUAAUGAAACUGCCAAGAAGCAGAUGGAGGAGUUACAGGCCUUAAAGGUAAAGUUGAAGAUGAAA